AUACCCACAAUGAUUUUGCUCACUCUAUCUACUGAACACGUUCGCAAUACCGUUAUCACCAACGAGCAAGGUCAAAUUAUUUACAAGACAGAGACUCCGUUCAAACUAUUUGGCGUCCGUACUACGACCAUUCAGAAAAUCAAGCCAAAUGACGACCAGGUCGAUGUCUUAGGAGAGAUUGAGUGGCACAUAUUUGCUUCCUCAAAGUUUCGUUAUGAUGGAACUGAAGUAGAGACGAAGGUGUUCAUUCCGAAGAGAGGCAUAUUGGGUCGGAAGCGCGUCUGCAUAGGACCAGAUAGCCGUCCCUAUCGCUGGGACCUCAAGUGCAAAGUGGUAGUUCUCUCACGGGAUGAUGCGUCUCGAACAGAGGUCGCUCGCUUUCAUAGAGCGACUCUCGGAAUUAUAGGAAGAAAACGCAAAGCCAUGCUGGAAGUAUCACCUGAAGUGGCUCAUAUGAUGGAUACCGUCAUCAUGACGUUCAUCUACGUCGAGAAACUCAGAAAGGACAAAGAAAACGCCUCGAGAAGUUCGGGUGCUGUGUUAUAUUGAUUGAUACCCUUUUAUAAUAAGUAGCUUUCUCUUACAAGUACUAAUACUUACAGUCUGCGGGAAGAUGUCGAAAUUCUGGCCAAGUCUG